AUGGAGACCAAUCCCAGCUCCCUAAAGAUGCAUCCUCUGGCCAACUAUGCAUCCCUCCAUCGUAACAGCCCUGAUUGUUUUAGAUUUUAUGAAUCUAAAAUAAUUGUGUGUGUGUGUCUACAGAUGUCUUUAUUUGACAGACUGACACUUCCGGCGGCUGCCAUUGUGUGUGUGAUCAUCAUGUCGGCAUCUUAUUAUAUUCUACGCAAUGAGGUUACCACUACACCAAAACUAAGGUCACCUGUGCCUAGAUACCUUCCCUUACCUGGUCCAUGCACUUGUUCUAAUGGCUCACACUUUCUUAAAGAUCACCUCCCCAAGGACCAGUAUGAGGAGUUGGUUCAACGUCGAGCUAAGGAGUUCCAGCACUACAAAUCUAGGACAACUUCUGCACUAUCCAGGCUGCUGUUUGCUUUGCCUAACUCACCUCUGCAGUAUCCAAUCCAGGGUUACACAGUACAACCUUUGGCCUCCUCUGUCAUACCAGGUUUACGGUUACAUGCAGGAAAAAGAAGCAGCUACAAGGUGGUCUUAAGUGUCUCUAAAGGAAUCCUGACCACAGAGAUUCCACCAGCAGAGGCUGUAGUCAAAGGUUCUGGUGAGAAGGAACUAACUAUCACGUCCAGGAGCCUGGACCUGCUCAAUGACCUGCUGGCCCAAUUGUCCUAUACUAGCACGGUCUACCAUAUCAACACUGGAGAUCUCGCAACCUUCCGGUUUGAAAACCAUGAAGCUGUGUUUCCUAUUGCCAUCAAGCAGCCUCAUAUACCAGUCCUCUAUGACAUGGGGACAGACAUCAGCACUCAAGUCACCAUCACCACAAAGACCUUCCUACGCUACAAACAACUGCAGCUGUUGGUGGACAGCAUUCGGAAAUUCUAUAGCAACAUAAAAAUCAUUAUUGCAGAUGACAGCUCUGAACCGGAGCACAUUACUGGAGAAAACAUCCAACAUUACAUCAUGCCUCCAGCACAGGGCUGGUUUGCAGGCAGAAAUUUGGCUGUUUCUCAGGUAACCACCAAAUACUUGUUGUGGGUCGAUGAUGACUUUGUGUUUACUGAGAAGACAAAGAUAGAGAAGCUUGUGGAGGUGAUGGAGGCGGUCCCUGAACUGGAUGUGGUUGGUGGGUCAGUAAAUGGGAAACAGUUUUAUUUCUCUCUUAUCUAUGAAGAAGGAGAAGAAACAGAGGGUGGCUGCCUAUACAGGAAGUCUCGUGAGAAAUUCCAUUCAGUUCCCGGUUACCCACAGUGCUUUCUGGCCAGUGGAGUGGUCAACUUCUUCCUGGCUCGUACAAAUGCUGUCCAGAGGGUGGGAUUUGACCCUAAGCUACAGCGGGCAGCACAUUCAGAGUUCUUUAUGGAUGGCCUGGGCUUUUUACUGGUUGCCACAUGUGGUGAUGUAUCCAUUGGCCAUCAACCAGCAGCCAGGAAUAGUCAGUAUACCAAGUUCAGAUAUCCUGGAAAGGGUGACACUGAAUUCAAACUGCAGCUUCACUUCUUCAAAAACCACCUCAAGUGCGUCACAUAUGGAUAG